AUGGACCCGUACAUGCUCGAAGACGGCAUUCAAUAUGGCGAUCUUGAUGGCGUUCGUGAAGCUCUUGUGAACGGUGCCUCCCCGAACUAUCGCUCCGGGCCACACUCUCCACUCUGCCAGGCGAUCAUGAAGUCCCACCAUGGCAUAAUGACCUGCCUCCUGGAACACGGUGCCGACAUGUCCUUCGACGAUUCCGAGGGCGCCGCACAAGAUAUCGCGGCUUAUCAGCCUACGAUUGAAGCCUACGAGCUGUUGAUGGCGGAUUCUCUUGCUGCACGGAAUACCCCAACCUGGGUCGGCAUUGUCUUGCAAGCGGUUAUCAUUCCCUGGGCCAAAAAUCUCGCCAAAGGCAUCGUCGCCCGUGCCAUUGCAGAACGACAAGUGGUGUACCCAAUGUUCCUCGUCAAAGCAGACGGCCCGAGUGUGCUGGAGGCUGUACAAAAAAUCGAUGGCCCACAGCAGCGAUAUAUGUUAACCCUUCUACGACACGGUCUAUUUCCCGGCUUUCUCUCAACCGGUAUUGGCGGCGCCAUCGGGCAAGCAGUCGAGUCCGCUCUGCAGUUCAGCAUCUCCAAUGGCCAGGUCGAGAUUGUUGAAGAACUGCUCAACCUUGGUGUCGACAUCAACAUUCCCGUCAAAAGCGAAACUCCGCUCUACAUCGCCGUAGAGAAUCGCAACGUUGCAAUCACCAGGAUGUUGCUAGAUCGCGGGGCAGACGUCAACUGUAUCCCGUCAAGUUCGCCCAACUGCCCAGGCAGGGUCUACGACAGAGUCAGGCAUCCAAUAUUUGCAGCCUUGCCGUCCAGAUCUAUGCCAGCGCAUAAAGUUGAAACCUGCCUCACAUUGAUGUCUUUACUGCUGGAUGCCGGCACCAAUGUUAACAUUCGUGAUUGCAAUAACAAUGGCGAGACCCUACUCGCAGCAGCAGUUAAUAACGGAUCUGCCGCCGCUGUCCGCUUUCUCCUUUCCUCCGGUGCUGACCCCAACCUCGAAGAUAGCAAAGGCGGCGCAACCGAGAUUGUUCGCCUGCUCAUUCCGAAAACCCGCGAUAUCAACCAUCGCGAUCAUGAUGGCGCAACCCCGUUGAUCGAGCUCGUCCGCAACAACACCAACUUCGAGGCCGUAAAGUUGCUUCUCGAGGCCGGCGCAUCCUCUGGGAUCAACAUAGUCUCGUCGAAGGGUACAGCACUACAGAGGGCAACCUGGUGGAUAACGGAAGAAAUGAUAGGGGCGCUCCUCGACGCUGGGGCCGACCCUAACAUCAUCGGCGGCCAGCAUGAAAGCGCUUUGAUGAGCGUGGCCUCGGUGAACAUCAGCGGCCUGCCUCUCAUCCGGUUGCUGCUAGGGCAUGGCGCAAAUGCUGCGUACGCCGAUUCCACAGGGAACACGGCGCUCCAUGUGGUAGUGGAAGCGAACGCAGAGGACAGGUUUGAGUCAGCAAAGCUGCUCAUUCAGCGUGGUGCAAACGUUAAUGCCGCAAGAACGACUCCUGGUCUCUAUCACAACGCGGCAGGGGACGAUGCGUCACCCAUUACACCCCUUGUUCUCAUGCUCCAGAGACACUGGCAGGGCCUCACAGCGAUGCCCGCCACUGUGGCCACGAUGGCCGGGUAUCCUUGA